GAGGCGUCGGACGACUCCGACGCCUCGGGCAGGAAGCUGAACGGCAGGGCGAAACCCGGGGCCAAGAAGGUGUCGCUCGCGACCGCCAGGGCCAGGCUGGAGAAGGCCGCCGAGGAGCUGGAGGAGGCCAAAGGGGCCGCAGAGACCUCGCAGGCGUCGCAGCGUUCGGCGGCCGAGAGCAAGAAGGAGGCCGAGCAGAAGCGCGACCACGCCAGAGAGGAGCUGGAGGCCGCGCAGGAGCGGGCGAAGCAGGCCGAGGCGGCCGCCAAGGAGGCCAGCAAGCGCCUCAAGAAGGCGGACGCCAGCCUGGCGGGCGCGCAGGAACGGCUCGAGGCCGCGGAGGAGGCUGAGCAGUCCGCCCGCGGCGACGUCGAGGCGGCCGAGCGGCGGGCCGCCGAAGCGGAAGAGGCCCGCAAGGCCAGGCGCGAAGCCGCGGCUGAGAAGCUGAAGGCGCUGGAGGAGGCCGCCGAACAGGCCAGCGAGCGGUUGAAGAAAGCCGACGCCAAGGUGUCGGCUGCGCAGGCGCAGAUCGCCUCCGCGGAGGGCGCCGCGCAGUCGGCGCGGCGCGACGCGGACGCGGCCGAGAGGGCCGCGGCGGAGGAGGCCCGGAAGGCCGAGGAGGCCAAGAGGAAGGCCGAGGCCGAGGAGGCGGAGAAGAGGGCGGCGGAGGAGCGGCGGAAGGCCGAGGAGGCCAAGAAGGCCGAGGCGGCCAAGAAAGGCAAGAAGAAGGCCCAGAGCUCCUCCGACUCCGACGAGCAGAGCGCUCCGGCGGGCAAGAGGAAGACGGAGGCGGCCAAGAAGAGCUCGGACUCGAGCGACUCCGACUCCGACAAGAAGGAGCCCAGUCCGAAGAAGAAGCGGAAGCGCUCGCCGUCGAAGCAGAAGAAGUCGGCAGAGCGGAGGAAGAAGUCCGCCUCCAGGACCCGGGGACGCUCCAAGAGCGCCAAGAAGCGCGCGAAGAGCGCCUCGCGGUCUCGCAAGAAGAAGUCCGCCUCCAGGAAGCCAGCCAAGAAGGUCUCGGACUCUAGCGCUUCCGAUUCCAGUGCCAAGGCGAAGAAGAGGAAACGGUCGGAGUCUUCGAGGAAGCCCGCGCGAAAGCGCUCGCCCUCCAAGAAGAGGAAGAAAGCCGCCUCCAGGUCAAGGCGGCGGUCUUCCUCUAAGAAGCGCGGAAAGAGCGUCUCGCGCUCGCGCAAGAAGUAG